AUGGUGCAACUGGAGCAUGGCCCGAAGGUCGAUGUACACGGCACCAUGGAAAUUUCACAAUCAUCCGACGAUACGCUCGAAAAUGCACUCGGCACAAUUGCAGAGAAAGCAGAACGCAGUGAAACAUGGAAUUGGGAUGAUGAUCCAAGCAAUCCUUACAACUGGCCGACAAGUCAAAAAGUUCUACAAGUGAUGAUGAUUGGUUGGGCGGCCUUCACAACAACUGUUGGAGUAUCUAUACUAUCACCUGCUCACUCACAGUUCAUGGAAGAAUUUGAGGUCGGCAGCACGGUCGCUAUCUUACCCUUGUCACUUUACGUCUUUGCCUUGGCCCUUGGUCCUAUCGUUGGAGGGCCUCUCUCUGAAACUGUCGGGAGAUACCCAGUCUACAUAGGGUCGAUUGGUCUGGGCACUGUAUUUACUCUAGGUGUAGGGUUUGCUCCCACAUUUUCUGGACUCUGUGUUUUACGUUUCUUAGCUGGUUUCUGCUACGCACCAACUCUAGCAAUUGCGGCCGGAACUCUCAAUGAGACCUUCAAGCCUGUCCAACGCGCUCUUCCCUCGGCUAUCUUUAUUCUUACGCCUUUCUUGGGUCCUGGUCUAGGGCCUGUCAUUGGAAGUUUCGUUGUCAAUCGGAAAGGCUGGCGAUGGACACAGUGGACAACAAUAUUCUUCGCCAUCCUCACUGGUAUCACAAUUUUAAUUGCCAAAGAGACCUUUCACCCUAUCAUCAAACGUCGUCGCGCCAAGGAACUCGGAUUAGAACUUCCCCCGUCAUCCCCCCUCUCUUCGAAGCUACGCCUGUUUUUAACCAUUUCCCUCCUCCGACCUAUCAACAUGCUCCUAACCGAACCAAUCGUUGGUUUCAUUUGCCUUUACAUUGCGUGUGAAUUUGCGACACUCUUCUCGUUUUUCGCGGCCUUUCCAUUGAUCUUCCAAGGUAUCUAUCAUUUUAACAUCGAGGAGUCCGGCCUGGUCUUCUUGACCAUUGUGGUGGGAUGUCUACUGGGAACGGUGACCGUCAUAUUAUGCAACUUCUUCCUCUACCUCCCCAAAGCUGCAAAGCAUCCAGACGGGCAAGUACCACCCGAAUAUCGCCUCUAUCCAGCACUCAUAGGUAGUAUUGGACUGCCGAUCGGUCUAUUUUGGUUUGCGUGGACUUCCAGGGCCGAUAUCUCCUGGGCAAGCCCCGUCGUUGCAAUCAUUGUUUUUGCAUGGGGAAAUCUAUGUGUCUUCGUCAGCACAACGCAAUAUCUCGUUGAUACUUAUCAUGGUCUGACUGUCGCAAGUGCCAUGAGCGCCAAUGGUUUGGCGCGUUAUGGACUUGGGGCUGUGUUCCCUCUAUUUACCGUCCAAAUGUACACCAAGCUCGGUGCAGGGUGGGCAUCUAGCUUGCUUGGUUUUAUUGCGGUGGCACUUUUGCCUGUUCCUCCAUUCAGCUGCAUUGCGUUCCAUGCUUUGACGACAUCCCCUGUCUUCGCAACAUGCGAAAUUGACUACGUCCCAAUCUCCCUGCGAGACCUGUUUGGGUUAUGCCAAAACACGCCUCCUAUUGCAGUCAAGAACAAGUUCCAAUGGAUCAACCGAGAGCGUAUCUACUGGGCUCGUCGUUUCCAGGUUCCCAUGUCCGAAGCCAUCCCAAAAGGAUUUCCCGCAAACACUUCGGACGCUCAGCUUGCGCUCUGCCUUCUAGCUACAAAAUGUCCCGAUAAGCUAGUUCCCAUCGUGAAAAAGAUCUUUCGCGGGUUCUGGGAAGAGGGAAAUUCAAAUGUCCUCACUCAACCCGGUUUCUCUGCUAUCUUUGAGAGCGAGCUUGGCGCCGAGAACGCCAAGCUGAUUUUGGAUGAAUUCAAAGGUACUGAGGCACAAGCCAAUUUGAGUGGACGCACACAAGAGGCAUUCACAUCCGGCGCCUUUGGUUUGCCUUGGUUUGAUUGUAUAAACGCUGAGGGGGCAAAGGAGAGCUUCUGGGGAAUUGACCAUUUGGGACGUCUUGUGGACUUUUUACAAUUGGAUACCAGUCUAGACAAGGCUUUCCGAGUCUUGCUCUGA